AUAAGACUUGUUAUUGCAGCCAUGGCGACCACCUCGCAACCGCCUAUCAAGCUUACCGGCCACAAGAACUUUGUCUAUCGCCUCGUGUUCUCUACCCUGACCGGCCGCACAAUCCACAUCUCGCAGAUUCGUCCUUCCUCUCCUACCAACCCAGGUCUUGCAUCGCACGAAAUCUCAUUCCUUCGAUUACUAGAGGCUGUUACAAAUGGCUCACAAAUGGAGAUCUCGUACACUGGUACAAUCAUUGUCUACAAACCAGGCCUAAUUACAGGAACUGCUUCUGGCGUUGGAGCAAGCAGCGGUAGUGUAAUUAGGCACGAGAUUCCAGCAGGAUGUACUCGCGGUGUCAGCUACUUCCUUAUCCCAUUAUGCCUACUGGCCCCUUUCUCCAAAGCUCCAAUCAAAGUCCUUUUCACCGGUCCCGGUGUAAUUACUUCCUCAACACCAACCGGGGACAUGUCCGUGGACAGCGUUCGAACCGCGAUCCUGCCGCUCUUCAACCAGUUCGGUAUCUUCAACAACAUAGAGUUGCGUGUGCUCCGGAGAUCAAACCUUGGGCCUAACGGAAGAGGCGGUGGUGGAGAGGUCCAAUUGGUCUUCGGCCAUCAAGUUCGGCUCCCCAAGACUCUGCACUUAAUGAACGCUGGGAGGAUCAAGAGGGUACGCGGAGUAGCAUACUCUGUUGGCGUCUCUGCUUCGAACAAUGCCAGGAUGAUUGACACUUGCCGCGGUGUCCUCAACCCGCUUGUCCCGGACACUUAUAUCUUCUCGGACGUGUCGUCAGCUCCACUCGUUCCCGCCCCGGAAAGGAACAACCCCUCCGCUAAGAAGAAGAUCGGCCUUGGGUUUGGCUUGUCUCUUGUUGCCGAAUCUUCGACCGGCUGCCUGUUCUCAGCUGACGUGGCGUGCCCGCCCAGUGGUGGUCAGCCGCCUGAGGAUAUUGGGAAGCAGUGCGCAUACCAGCUACUUGAGACGAUCUCAAAGGGCGGAUGUGUUGCCCCUGCAGCUUUCCCCAUUAUGAUUGGAUUGAUGACCAUGGGAUCCGAGGACGUAGGCCGUAUCCAGGUCGGUCGUGAUAUUAUUGGGGAUGAGAGCUCAAUCCAGCUGGCAAGGGACUUGAUGAAGUUUGGUGCCCCAGGUUGGGGUCUGAGAGACGCUGGGGAUGAAAGUAACGAUGUCAUCAUCAGCGUUGUCGGACGCGGUAUUGGCAAUGUGGGACGAAAGGUCGCUUGA